AUGCCUCCGAUUGAUUACUCAAAGUGGGACAACAUCGACACCGAUUCGGAGCCAGAGACAUCGCCCCAGCAAGCGCCAGCGGCAAAACCCACCCCGCCGGCCACGCAUGCCUCGCCGCCGAUGGGUACGUCAGGUUUGAGGGAAACGCACAGCAAGUCGGGGCAUGUCGAAGCUGUCAUUGUCCGAUGCGAGGCCGAGAAACGCAAGUUUCCCCUCUGGUCUGCCACUAUAAUCCCUGCGAAUCAUAAUAUGUUUUCGCAGUCGGUGCCCUCCGUCCCAGCGCUCAUCGAGGUCCCGCUGGUCCUCUAUCGGACGGGGACUCAGUCCGUUAACGAGGCAGACCUCGAUAACCAGAUUGCUACGUACCUUAAUAUUGAUGCCGACUCCGGGUUUGCACCUCUAGAAUGGCAGUCAUAA